AUGACAAUAAUUGUAAAAAGUAUAUCAGAAAUGAAGGGAAGAGUCUCCGGAGGGAAGCACUUUGAUGAUUUUAAAGAUAUUGUUGCUAAUCAAACAUAUGGUGGUGCUGUCAAUAUAAAAAAAAUCGAUAUUAAAGCGAUAACAGACAUUAGUAUUAGUAUGAGUACAUUUUUUAUAAACUCUAUCCGAUUUGUCUAUAAUGUAGUGACAAAAAACGGAACAUCAUAUGAACAUCAAGGUAAUAAGUUGGGCACAGGCCCAGGUACUGACCAACCACCAUUUGAUAUUGCUACUAAUGGGGAGUUAAUAGAGAUAAGAGGCAGAAUUAGCAGCUUCACAAGCGGAUAUGUAAGAACCUUGAGAUUCAUAACAUCACAAACAACACUUAAUUGCGGUACAGAUAGUCCAGAUUAUGAAGAAUUUGUUUUUCCUCCAAAUGUUGUUAUCUUUGGCAAUAGCGAUCUUUAUAUUAACUCUAUUGGAGUAUAUGAGAUUAUAGGAAUCGAGAAUGUAACAGAAUCUAACUCAACAGCUCUCUCUACAACAGCAGUAAUUCCUUAUGCUGCAACAGAGACGAUAUUUAAAUGGUCCACUCAGAAUAGCAGGUGGUAA